CCUGCUUUUGAGACGUUGAAUUGAACAAGCGCGCAUCAGAGCGCCAAAGACAUCUUUAGGUAUUUUUUCAUACAUUUUCAACAAGUGCAAAUCCUCAAGGCUAAAACGUGAGAUUAAUAAUUUAUCAAUUGGCCAUUUGGAUUGUAAGAUAUUUUCUCAGCAUUAUAUCAGAUCAAGGCUGUUGUCUGGUGGUAUAGGGGGGAGCUUUAGCCAUCGGAGCGGAGGGAGGACCAUGCUGUCUCUAAGCUGUGCAGACCCCUGGCCCGAGGGCUCGGUGGGGCUGGAGGAGGAAGUGGUGACUGCCGCUGCUCAUUCUGAGGAGCUGGACCUGGACGACAGUUCAGCCUCUGCAGGCUCCAGCAGCACUGGGGUCUCUGACAACCUGGAUGACAGCCUGACCAGCCUGCAGUGGCUGCAGGAGUUCUCUAUUCUCAAUGCCAAUGGGCCUCAACAGGCUCCUCUCUCCACUCACCACCAGCCUCACUUCUUCGGCCAUCAGCAGCUGGGCUCAGAGGCUCCCGCUUCCCCUCUGGCUGGUGACCCUGCAUCCAUAGGGAUGCCCCUCACCCCAGGCAAGCCCACAGCAGCAGCCUAUUGUAGGAUGCAGUCCCUGUCAGCCCUCCCUAGCCUUGUGUCCCAUGGUCACUGCCCCGAUGAGGUGGACUACAAGACAAACCCUCAUAUCAAACCACCUUACUCCUACGCCACACUCAUCUGUAUGGCCAUGCAGGCCAGCAAGAAGAUCAAGAUCACCCUCUCCUGCAUCUACAAGUGGAUCACUGACAACUUCUGCUACUUCCGCCAUGCUGACCCCACCUGGCAGAACUCCAUCCGGCACAACCUGUCUCUGAACAAGUGUUUCAUCAAGGUUCCGCGGCAGAAGGAUGAGCCAGGGAAGGGGGGCUUCUGGAAGAUCGAUCCGCAGUACGCAGAGCGCCUCCUCAAUGGGGCCUACAAGAAGAGGGGGAUGCCCCCUGUCCAGAUCAACCCUGCCCUGCAGAACAGGCUUAGGGCCAACUCCCAACCCCUGCCCAGGGGCCUCUGCAACCCCACAGGCAGCCAGAGUGGGCUGUGUGUCAAUCCAGAGGCUCAGCAGCUCCUCAGAGAGUUUGAAGAGGCCACUGGAGCCGACCAGAACUGGGACCCCUGUCUGGCCGAAGGCACCAUGCUGGGGGCAUGGCCCAUGAGAAAGGGAGGCCCUGGACACAAGAGGAAACACACACUGGGCUCCAGGACUGCCAUGGUCAAAGUCCCCCGGCGCUCCAGCUCUCCUUUGCUGUCUGUGGAGGAGCAUAGGGAACUGGGCUCCCUGAAGGGGAACUUUGACUGGGACGCCCUCCUGGAUUCUGCACUGAGUGGGGAGCUGAGUCUGGACGAGGAGGGUCCACUGAGCCCCAUCCCCCAGGAGGAGGACCUGAUGGUGCGGGGGACCCACAUCUGCCCCCUGGAGGCCCCCGCGGGGACAGCAGACAGCAGCCACGUGCUGGCGGAGACCCAGAGGAGCAGCGGAGCAGACUUUGAGGAGACGUUCCUGGCCACAGCAUUCCUGCAGAGCCCCUGGCCAGAGGAAGAGGAGCAGGGAUCUACCAACUUCCUGUGCAGCUCCACAGUCAACCUGGAGCAGCUCUUUGACCUGGGAGACUCCCUCGGAGGGGACCUCAGCAGUAAGAUAGAGUAUCUUCUCUAAAGACAUGUUCUCCAAUUCUUUGGCCUUCAAGACUCGCUGACUAUACUGUGAUGAUGACACUACUAGAUUAUUGUUUAAAAAGAGAGGCACCAUAUGAACUAAAUGGACCUUUUACACAUACACAUUUUUUAAGAUUUCUAGAUUAUGUUUUUUGAAAUUGGUACAAUAAUGGAUGACAUCAUUAAUACCAACAGAGCAAAAAUGCCACAAUGAACUGCAGUAUUCUAAAUGAUUACUGGACAAAAACUAUAUCAAACCUACUGUUGGGACCAUGACAUUGGAUAAUAGACAUGAUCAAUAAGACUUCGCUCACAAAGAGAAACAAAAUAUUCCUGUCUGAGGACAGGAAAACCACCAAUAUGUCUUUGUUUACAGUCUGAAUAUAUAUGUGGUAUUAAAUGGAUUGCAGGUUGACAUGGAUAGAGGAAUUGUCAUCCAGGCACAAGGUGAGCAACAGAACAUUGGAAUUGACAUUUUAGAAAUUUACAUUUAUUUUGCAUUAGAUGAAAUUACAAAGUAAGACUUUACAGUGACUGUACUCUUUGAAAGUUAUGGACAGUUUCGAGAUGCAAGGCCAAUAGCAAAUGAUGAGUUGAGGUGUUGUACCUGACAGUGAUGCAACGUUUUAGCUGCUUAAGAAUAGUUGGUUUAGCAUGCUGAAUAUUUCAUAAAGGUUUAGAUGAAUCCACCUCACAGGGAAUACUAUUAUUUGUUGUGAAGAUCUCUUAUUAU